CUCGUAUAUUCCUUCAGCUAGACCGGCAUCAGUACCCAGAGCAAGCAAGACGUUGUAAGGUCUGCCUCCUCGCUCGCCAGCCAGCUGCAGCAGACGUGAUCUACUACAUACAUCAAGCAAACAAGCAGGAGGAUGAAGUUGGUGAGUGGAGCAAUGGUGGUGGUGGUAGUGAUGGUGUGUGUUGUGAGUCCUCAGUGUAUCUCCCACAACGACACUCUGCCUCCACCCAGCACCCCUGACCUCACCCACAUCGCCCCCUUCGGUGUGGAGCUCUUCAAGCUCCUCUACCCGGCCGGAGCAACUGGCAACCUCUUCUUCUCCCCCUACAGCAUCUGGAACGCCCUGGUUCUGGCUUACUUAGGCUCGGCUGGCACAACUCGUAAACAACUGGAGGCAGCACUGCGUCUGAAUGACCCUGCUGGCACCCUGGCCGAGUACAGAGCUCUUGACCACCUGUACGAAGAGCGACAGGCUACGACCAGCGACUAUGUGAUAGAUUUAGCCAACCGAGUGUAUAUAGAUCAGUCCUUCCCUCUACGGCAGUGUGUUAGGAAGGUCCUCUCCAAGGAGGUGGAAACUCUCGACUUCCAACAGCCUGGCGAGGCAGCGGCCAGUAUCAACCAGCUGGUGAACCAGACAACACGAGGUAAGAUCCCUGAGCUGGUGAGUGCCGGAGACGUGGCUGGGGUUCCCAUGGUUCUCGUCAACGCUGCCUACUUCAAGGGUCUCUGGCUCAACUCCUUCGAACCCUCUAAUACAGUUCUGGAGAAGUUCUACUCCUCCCCUGAUCAAGAGUACUCCGUUCCCAUGAUGAAGUUCUCCGGCGUAUUUAAAGCUGGAGACUCUGUGGAACUGGAAGCGUCUGUGUUAGAGAUGCCUUACAAGGGAGAGGUAGUCUCCAUGUUUGUGUUGCUGCCUCACAACACUGUUAGUGAGGAUGCUGCUAACAAGGGCACCAAAACUGGCAAUGACGCUGCCAGAAUCAGUGGUGGCAGUGCUGUUGGUGGUGGUCCUACAAUCGGCGGUGGCACCUACUCAAACAGUGGCGCUACCUAUAACAGUGAUAGUGCCACCCUGACUCCCCUUAAUGCCAUGAUCCGUCGACUCAGCGCUAACACUCUCCUAGCUGCCAUCUCCAACCUUAGAAAACAGGAAGUCGACCUCCAGUUCCCGAAAUUCAAGCUGGAAGAAACACUCGUAGAUGAAUUGCCUGAGGCUCUUCAGCGCGAGGGGAUCGUGGACCUCUUCACACCGGCCGCCAACUUGUCGACAUUCGACCCAUCGGGUCAACUGUUUGUGAAGAAGGGGAUCCACAAAGCCGUGGUGGAGGUUAACGAAGAAGGCUCUGAAGCAGCUGCUGCCACAGCCCUGCUGGUGGCGUUCUCAUUCGCGCCCAGACCCAGGCAAUUCAAGUGCAAUCAACCGUUCGUCUUCUUCAUCUAUGACAAACAAACCAACAACAUCCUCUUCUUAGGUGUCUACAGCAAGCCACGGACAAACUAGACGUGUGUCUAUUAAAAGCCAUUACUAUGUCUAGUUUACUAUACAUCAGCAUCUCCUGUAACCAGUAGCGCUGAACGACAAAAAUCACAACGUUAUCCUACACCCAGAUGGAUAUAGAUAAUGUUAUUAAUAGAUUACCAUCUUGUCCUAUAGCUGAUCGUUUACGCAGUGCAAUACACAAUUUCAGAAUUCAAAAUGUUUUAUAAUAUUUUAAAACACAGGUCACUCCCAAGCUGACAGUCGCCGUGACAAGACAGAAAAAUCCUCGUCAGGAGAACACAAACUGGUCUUCCAGUCAGCCGGAGCCAGCAUUUCCCUCAGCAAAUAUUGUCUCAAGUGUAAACUGCAAUAAAGAGUGCAUAUAGUGUGACACUAUUAUAAAAAUACAUGAGACAGUAAUACAUUCCUGUAUUGACAUAUUAGGAUACAGCCAGAAUAAUUGUGAUACAGGAGUGUAAGAUACAAUAUUAUCUUUGUUUUAAUU